CCUGCGCGGAAUUCGAGGCAGCGAGGCGGGGCCGCAGGGGGCGGGGCCGGGGAGGCGAUGGCGAAGGAUUCGAAUUCCGGAGGCUGUAAUUCGCCGGAGGAGCCUAGGCGGCCCUGGAGGAAGUCCUCUGCUGAACAGAGACAGUAAAAUUCUAACCACCGUGGCUAACUCGGAUCACAAACAGCCGAAUGAAUGGGAGCAACUGUGGCCUUGGCAAGUCCGGGAACAUAGGUUACAUAUGAGGAUAAUUUGCUAAAACAUUAUGCAGAAAAACUCCAAGAGGAACAAUAAUUCAAGAGUUUCUGACCUAGAAUUGAAUGCUGCGGAUGCUGAGAAGGAAAAAAAAGAGGGUCAAAAUAACUUUGUUGAACUGCUGCCUCCAGAAGUUACUUUUAAAAUUUUCAGUCAGCUGGACAUUCGGAGUUUGUGCAGGGCUUCGAUAACGUGCAGGAGCUGGAAUAACACAGUAAGAGACAGUGACUCCUUAUGGAAACCUCAUUGCUUGACUCUAAGAGCUGUGUGCCAAAGAGAGAUAGACAAUGAUGUAGAAAGUGGAUAUUCCUGGAGAGUAAUACUGCUGAGGAACUACCAGAAGAGUAAAGUGAAACACGAAUGGCUAAGUGGCAGAUACAGCAACAUAUGUUCUCCUCUUAGUUUACCAGAAAAAAUCAUGUACCCAAUGGAUGCAGAUACAUGGGGGGAGAUUCUAGAAGCAGAACUGGAACGAUAAGCCGAAAAAUCACAAACAGAUCUCGUAACUUUGAGACUUUGAAAUUAAAAUGACUCUUAGGUUCUUUUUUUUUUUUUUUUUUUUUUUUGGUUUACCUUUUUUAUGUUCAACAUUUAAAAGAAAACCAAGGAGAAAACUUUUUAAAAGUCAAACUUUGUUUUUAUUCUGCACUUUCAUAAAAACAUUUUUCUGGUUUUAUUGUAAGGUGGAAAGAUCAUGAAAUGUUGUGUAAGAAGUACCAUACCAAUAGUGUUUUUAAAUGUAUUUGUAUCAGUAUGUUGCAGUAAUUAAUCACAAGAGGGUUUGAUGGGCAUUUUCUACUGAAUCACGAUUCAGGAAUUCUGGAAACCGGUUGAAGAAACUGAUUAGAGAGAUUCAUUCAGUAGUAGGUGUAACCGGGCUCAGAAUUAGAAAUAGAUAGCACCAGGAAGACUACCUAAAUGAAAUUAUUCACAGUGUGUUUCAAUAUACAGAGUAUAAUACAUUUAUAUUUCAAUAACUGUAAAAUGUCCAUUUCAGUGGAAUCAGAUUGAAUUGUCAAAUGCUGAGCCCUUUUAAAAUGUGUUUUAAAAACACUUAAGAAGUGUUUUAAAAAGAAAGCAUUUUAAAAAGUAUUAUACUUGUGGUUUAGUUUAAAAUUAACCUGACCAGAAGGCUAAACCUUGUGAGAUUAAGAUUCUCAUUACUUGCCUGCAGACCUGGAACUUUUCUCAGGGACAGAAUAUUUCUAACUGCCAGUUUUUCUUGCUAAAGCUUUCUUUCUAACAGCCUUAUAGCACCAUCUAGUGUCUUACUCCUAGAUAACCAAGGCAAAGGACUUCCGGGUCACAUUUAAAAGAAAAAUAUAUAUAUUUUAGAGAACCCUAUAUAUCUGAUUUGUUUAAGUUUAUAGCUCUCCAGGAACCUUCGAUUUAACUGUUGUUCUCUCUUUUUUUUUUAAAGUAGAUGGUAUAGUACUCACUAUACCGGAUUGUUCAUUCUGAAUCUGUGGUCAGUACCAUAGUGAAAAGUUUCCACAAAACAUUUUAGUAUGACAUUUUCCUCUUAAAUUGUGACCUAUGGCACAAAAAAUAAGAAUCUGGGAAACCCACAGUUAGCAGAUGGACACAGUAUCGGAAAGAUACGUCACCCUCUGCAUAUUCCCUGUGUUGGAUCAAGCAGGGAGGAUCUGCUGGAAAGGGCCUCGAAGACCAGGCAGUGAGGUCUCUGGGCCUAGUUGACCGUCCCUUCUGGAGGAAUUCCUCGCACCCGCUGUUAAUUGUCGUUGUGGCAAACUCUUCCGUAAAACUUAUCCUCUGGACCCAGACCCCGUCCCUAGGUUGCACCACUCUGGAUUAUGUGACCCUCGUUAGGGUUCCCAUCAUCCUCCGUCCAUACCACUCCCAAAGCCGUCUACUAUAUUAAGUUGUCUAUUUGUCUGUAUCCCCCGUUAGACUGUGAGCUUCUUGAAGGCAGGGACCAUUUAUUUAUUAUUUUUUAUGUUCCACAAACCUGGAAUAUAGUAGGUAUUCCACGAAGAGUUGUUAAAUUAUUUCUAUAUUAUUUAUUUUAAUCCUACCCAGAAUGUAAAAUAAAAAUAAUUUGCUGUAUCAUUAGUGAACAAGACUGACUGUCCACAGCCCAAAAGAUGUAUGGGAUGCUUACUAUCAGUGCAAAUAUGUGAAUAAUUGUUUUAGUCUCCUCAAAAGCUGUAAGAGAGAAACAGGAAAAUAGAAAUGUUUUAUGUUUUUGAAUAAACACUUGCAAAUAAACAUAACCCAAAAGUA